AUGACCUGCACAAACUGCACAACCCGCAUCCUCCGUUCGCUCAUCACAGACAUCCCAUCAACAACCAUCACCACCAAGCCCGCCCGUCGUCUACCCCGUCUCCCCAGGACCACAAUCCGACAUACCUCCUCCUCAACCCCUCGUCACCAAAGCGCCGAUUUGAGCGUAAACCUCGACAGCAAUGGCACAGGAUCAGCAACGGACUUUUUAGGCAUGUACUCUACGGCCAAAAAGAGUGCAAAUAAAGAAGCAUUGGCAACAUGGGGUACUUCGUGGAAGACGGAGACUGAUUUGAGUUCUAUGAGGGAUCAUGAGAUUCGGAUGCCUGAUGUUCAUAAUGGUGGGAAUGGGGGGAGUAAAAUACAGAAGACGGAGUUGAUGGAGGGGUAUACGUAUCUUGACGAUUUUAAGUCGUUACCGUCGAAGGUAUCGAAGGGUGUGGAUGUGGAUGUGGAUGUGAAUCCGGAGACGGCACCGUCGUUUGCUUCUUCGACUCCACCGUUAUCAUUUGCUUCGAGGAGGAGGAGGAGGGAACGGAGACCUAGGGAUGAUGAUCCGGAGUUAAACCGUAUUCCACCAUCUUUAAGAUCACAAUUUCCUACUCGUUCAUCAUCAUCAUCAACAACUACUUCUGAAAUUGAGGAUUCAAAAUCAUCAUCAUCAUCUUCACCAUCACCCGACGAAAUCCCCUGGGAAAACCCAGCACAAAUUUCCAAAAAGAUAGCAACCCCCCAUAACCCCACCGCAAACGCCUGGAAAGAAUGGUCAACACCAGCACUAUGGUCCCACGCCCGCAUGCAAGAACUCUACAAACCACGAACCCUAAAAAACGGCAUUCGAAUCUCCAAACACGCGGCCUUAAACGUAAACGCCGGUCAACUAAACUGGAACCCAUCAUCCAACCCAUCCGCCUCGUUGGAUAAAUACAAAACAAUCGCAGGCGUACCAAUCAACCAUUCCCAAAAGAUUUAUGAUAAAGAUACACCGACGUGGAAGAUUCAUAUGGAUUCUGUGAAAUCUAAGUUGAAGGGAGAGAAGUGGAAUCCCUUCGGGAGACUUUCUCCGGCUGCGGUGGCGACUUUGAAACAGUUGAAACAGGAGAAUCCGGGGAUGACGGUGGAGGAGUAUGCACCGAUUUUUAAGAUUUCGCCGGAUGCUUUGAGGAGGAUAUUGAAGAGUAAAUGGAUGCCGACGCCGGAGCAAGAGACGGAUAGGAACGAGAGGUGGAAGAGGAGGGGGAAGGCUGUUUGGCAGGAGUGGGAGGAGAAGGGAUUGGUGCAGAAGAAGAAGGAGAAGGAGAAACAGGAGGUAGGAUUGGGGAUGUUGACGAAGAGGGAGGAGGAGAAUAAGAAGAAGGGGUUUGUGGUUAGUAGGGGAUUGAAUUUGAAGAAUAGGAUCUUGUAG